GCCGCCGCGAAUCCCGCCGGUACGAACUCCCGCCGCCCGCCGCAAACCGCCCGUGCGAAGCGCCCCCUUUUCCCCGACCUCGGCGCUAUGAUUGUCGCCCCUGCGGCCGCCCCCACCGUCGCGCACCCAGCGCCGCGCCCGGGAUACCCGGAAUCCACGACCACUGCCCCUGCUCGCGCCGCUCCCAGCGUCGACCGUUCUUGGUGCUCGACCUCGCCUCUGUGUUGGACUACGCCUCGCCACCAUCCAUGGCCGGCGCCCCUGCUUGUCGUGCGGUCCCCGCCCCGACAGUUGCCGUAUGGACGCCCCAUUCGUGAUGCCCCCUAUCAGUUUUAGAGGUGGCGAGGAGCGGACCCCGGAUCCAAAGCCCCGGUGGAACCCCAGGCCGGAGCAGAUCCAGAUUCUGGAGGCCAUCUUCAACUACGGCUUCUGCGGCGGUGCCCCUUGCUGCGUCACCGGGAACCGCUGCGAGCGUGGAGACCGCUGGGCUCACAGCUUUGCAUGCAAGUCCGUACAUUUUUUUCCUCAAUACAUUAUUAUUGUAUCACCAUAUGCUUGGAUUGUGUUCGUAUGGAUUGGGGCUCCAUUUAAGCAGCUACCUGCCAUCACUAGGUCCAGAAAUUUUUGGCAGAGUUCCAGCUCUCCGCUGGUAGAAAUAAUAGGAUAAAUUUCUGCUCCCAUUGUUUCUUUGGCGACAGAUUCUUUCGAGCAUCCGGUGGAGGCUUAGAAGUGCAGUGCUCUCUAUGGCCUCCGGCGCAAAUGCAGUGGAAUCAUGCGACACAAGGUCAAUCGUGUGAGGAAUUGGUCCCCAACGGCAUCCCACAAGUUAAACAGAGAAGGGGAUUCUUUGGGUUUUGGUUCAGAACUCCCGUGUAGAUGAUUUCCCAGUUAUUACGGGUUUCUGUCCAUAUUUCGGUUAGUGAUUAUGAAUUUCAUCUAAAGCAUGGUUCUUGUCACAGAGUUUAUGCAUAAUCGCAAAAGAAAAAAUCAGUAUUAUUAAUUAGUAUCAUAUUUGGG